GCGUGUGCAAUGUGCCCCCCUACGGGAGUGACGCUAUGGACGGGUACAGACACUAUGCUGGAGGUCACUUUGAUAGAUAUUGCCCGGAUUACUACUACACUGGAUCUACUCUGAUGCAACACAAUCACAACACUUCAUGUCAUGGAGUGGGUUACUCGCACGGACACUCACACCACGGAUUACUGCACCAUCACAACUCACUAGGCUGCCCAGAAGAAAUCUGCCACAGUUCCUAUUGUGGUGACUCACAUCACAUGAAGGCCGUCUGCAGGAGGCGUCCGAGGAACUACACCUUCCUCAUCGGCAUUCUCCAGAACAUCCACGCCGAGUUUGGAAGUCUCCUAUCCAGGUGUGGCUGCUAGAUGUCUAAAGAAACUCUUCUUUUUAUAAAUGAUUUCACUUGAAUUUGUAUCUUGGUAUCCGAAACCUGUAAUAAAAAUAUUUAAA